GGGGCUGGCUGAUAUAGUUUUCUACUCCACCGGUUCUGAAUGUUAAUGCCACUGAAGAUGCCGCCCAAGUAUCGUCGUAAGACAUACACCAAGAUAGAGAAACAAAUCCUCAUGGAACUGAUCGAACCAAACCUUCCAGCCAUCACCGACAAACGCCGCGAAGGAAAGGUCCUCUUCAACCACGACCGGGCCUGGCGAGAGAUCGCGCUCCUCUUCAAUGCUCAUCGCGACACGGUGACGGUGAGGACCGCCACUGAUCUGAGAGGGGCAUGGAAGUACGUGACCCAGGUCCAGUUCCCGAAGCUACCUCCUAUGCAGAUUGUGAUGGAGUACUUGAACGGUAGAAAGAGAUUGGUGAACUAUCGGGCGCUUCUUCUGGAUGCUUCACACUGGAAGAUGGAGGAUGGAGCAGGAGUGUCUAUGCCUCUCACAGACCUCCCACCGGUCAAGGUACGAGGGAAACGCACCGUCUACAAACUCUACGAGAAGGAACUACUCCUGGAGCUAGUCACCAACCGUUGGUCUGACGUGAUGUUGACCGGUCCAGAGCUGACCUGUGAGCUGCGUCGAGAUGGAGCAUGGCAAGAGAUUCAUGAUAACUAUAAUGAAGACCCAAGAGCUGUCACUCAAAGAACCAUCCGAGAUCUGCGUUACUGUUGGAAGUACAUGGUGCAGCAGGGCCGUCAGGUAGAGGCUAAACUGAAGGCACAACAGCCAGGUGAUCCUCCAUUCAUUCCUUCUCCUACCGAGGCUGUCUACCUGAGGGUUCGUCAACUAGAACUGGACUGUGGCAGUCGCUUCCUACCCUUCUACCUGCAGAGCCCUCCUCAUCAGCCAGACGACAUGUCACCAAACCCUGAUGAAAGUCCAUCUGGGCAAGGUCAACCACUGCAGAGCCCACAGCAAGGACAGGGACGUGGGAGAGGGCGCCGCAGCAAUGCAGCCAGACAGGAGGCUGCAAGGCAGGAAGCAGCGAGACAAGAGCAGGCCAGACAAGAAGCAAGACAGGCUGCACAACAGGCUGUCCAGAUGCAUCAGGAUGCUGCUGCAGCUGCUGUACAACAACAACAACAACAACAGCAGCAGCAGCAACAACAACAGCAGCAACAACAGCAACAACAACAGCAGCAACAACAACAGCAGCAGCAACAACAACAGCCACAACAACAGCAACAACAGCAGCAGCAACAGCAAUCACAGCAUCAGGAAACCCAACCACCACACCAGGGAUCAGCUCUGCAGCACCAAGGAACUACAGGACAACAGCCACACCAAUCUCCUGUAGUCUCUCAACACCAACCCCCAGUGGUGUCCCAGCAUCAGGAGCAGACUCCACAACAACCACAUCCGGCCCUCGCACUCCUCCACCAGGGUCAAGCACCUCAGCCAGGACUUCAUCAUGGAUCAUCACCUCACCAGGUUCCUGUGCCACACCAAGGGCAGAGUCCUCAAGCUCUGCAGCAUCCUGGACCGCUGCAGGUUCCGCUGGCUCAGCAAGGUCUGGCUCUUAUCCAAGGUCUUGCCCUACACCAUGCUACUAGACCUCAACACACUGGAUCCUAAAGCCUUAUUCUCUCCCUUCUCUUCUCUCUCUAUUCUUCUCUCCUGUCCACCUUUUGCUGUAGAUGUACAGUGAGUAUCAAAACAUUCUUCUAUUCCUCUUCCAGUUGAUGGUAUUUUGUUUUUUUUAGUCAAAGACCUUGAUAAUAUUGAUCUCUUGGCAUCAAAUGAUGCUACAUCCCUUUGUGUUUGUUCUUAGAUAAACAAAUGUUUCUUGCCUGUAUUCUUGCUUUUUAUAUGUUUCUUCGUAGUUUAACAAAAAUGUAGGAAAUAAGAUGACUCUGAUAAUUACACGGUGUGUAAUGAUCACACUAAAUCCUGUUAUUGAUCAGAAACCAAAUUUUAUCAAAAGAAAAAUUUUAUUACUUUUACACUGCCUUUAAGACAUAUCACAGACCUUCCUCCCGUUCACUAUUGCUUUUGUCAAGUUUUGAGGUAGGUUGUGAUCUUGUAAAUUUUUAAGAAUAGAAAUCACAAUAAAAUAAUCUCCAUGUUAUUGCCAGAGGGUGAUGUCAAUGUCAUAGGAUUCAGCAACUGAGGACUCCAUGAUGGUGAUUCAUUUGAUUGUAAAUGUAUUGUAAAUAUUUAUAUGGUGCUUUCUAGCUGCUGUACAUAUAUGCUAAGAAGCUUGUAGAAGUAGAAGCUGUGACCUUGUAAACUGUUGUAUCAUAGCUAAUUAUGAUCAAACAGUUGAAAUACUACUCGAUGUUAUCAUGACAUUAAUUAAAUGUCUUUUAAGUUUUUGUAUGUUUGUAGCAUUGUGUAGUUCACUUAAGUGCCAAAAAGUUUCUGGCAUAUUCCAUUUAUGUCAAUUAUACCAUGUUUUUAGUGUAUAAUUUUGAUGAUUCUUUAACAAGUUAUGACAACCAUGUCUUGUGACUGGUUGGUAGAUUAGUAAAGUUGAUAAUUUUGUACCAUAUUUAUGUUUUUAUUGAUCAGAGAGAUAAUGCAACUCCAUAAUCAAAAGCUUUUACCUCUGUUUAUACUGCAUUGUGAAACAUUUGCCAUGUUUUAAUGUAAAAAAAAAUAAUGAACAUCUCAUCUUAAAUUUGCCUCCUUUACAAAAGCAAUUGUUAUGUUAUUAUAGUAAGCAUAGGAUAGAGCCAUGCUGUACUUAAUGUGUAACCAUUUCAAAUAUUUGUUCUGCAACAUUUAAUAAGUUAUAUGGUACAUCUAUCUUUUCUGCAGUUGAGAUAUAUAUUCCAUCAUGUGUAUAAUGUGGUAGUUGACAUGUACGGUCAAUAUUGAAAGAAUGGACAUGUUAUUAGUCUAUUUGUUAGUUUGUUUUGCUGAAAUUCUGUAAGAUGGCUCUGUGAAAGUUUUGAUGGAAGAAAAUGUAAAUAUUAUUCAAAUAAUCAACCAAAGAAAGAAAUAAAUGUUUCCUAGAUUAAAAAACAACAACUAAAAUCCCUUCUACAUAUCAUGUAUUACUGUAUACACGUAUCUAUUCUUUGUUGUUACUAAAUCAACAUAUGUGAUGUUAGUAUAGCUGGAAAAUCCUUUAUAUAUUCCAUUUUAUUGUGGUGCCAUAAGCAAUCAUGAAGUGCAUGGAAGACAGGAAUACGGGGCUAAGUAAAAGAAAAAAAUACCAUGUUGCAAAAUCAAAUUCAUUCAAAACGCUAUCUCAAAUGCAGAAUUACCAAAUUGAUAACACCAGUUUCUAAUAAUAUCAAUCUCAAAUAUUAUACUAGUACAAUGCGAGAUAAUAGGGCCAAAACAUAAAAAUGACAAGGUUUUUCAAGAUAUUUAUAUACACUUACAAAAACUUGUUUUUGUCUGCAUGGUUCUAUUAUCAAUAUUAAAAAGGUGGUAAAAGUUUGUAGGUUCACUGUGAGCAUGAAGGCAGAUACAAAAAUCUAUGCUGUGAGGCUCUUGCUAAAAAUAGUCACUGAGGACCUUUAGGAUCCAUUUUCACGAAAAGUCUGUACAAUUAUCAAUACCACUGAUUUAUGAUGAGAUACUGUAUGAGGCACAGUUUGUAAUUUAUUACCAAUCUAUUGGAAAAUUCUAUAAUUCAUUCAUAAUUCAUAUAACAUCUAAAUCUAUUUAUAGAUCGAGAUCAGAAUAUGAAAUUUGCUAUUAUUUAAAAUAUUGGUUUGCAUAAAUGAAUAAUUCUAGAAGUUAAUAAUAAAUUUACAGAAUAAAAUUUUCUUCAGCAUUUCGAUGUAAAUCAUGGAUAUAACAGUUGGUUCUUACAAAGACCAUUUCGUGAAGCUAGGUACUGAUGUUCAAUGCUAGGGCAUUAUCUCUGAUUAUAUUAAAGUAAGAAAGCAACUGGUUCUCAAUCUGAAACACCUAAAUAACUUCUGAUUUGAAUUGUAACUAAAUAACUUAAUGUACAUGAAUGGGAAUUUAGGCAGAGUUUUUAAAGCUAAAUUUGUAGUCAUUUCAAGAUGUUCUGGAAGAGCUACACCAUCAAUGAUAUAUCCCCCAAAACAAGUGAUCAUGGAUGACUUUUCUACAUUUUCUCCUAAGAAUGU